CAAUAAUUUUAUUAAUUAUUGUUAAAAAAAAUUUUUUUGCCUAAAAAAUUUAAUUCAAACAUGAAUGUAGGAAAUCAAAUACCAAAUCUUGAUAAAAUUUUACGCGAUGAUGAUGAAUCUGAUUUUUUUCCAGCAGCAGGCUCGAAUUUAGCUGCUAUUUUUGGAUUACAAACUAAAACAUUAGAUAGUGGUUCUUCGACGAAACAAGUUUCUAAAAAAUUAAAUGCACCACGUACUUUAACUCAAACAAUUUCAAAUAAAACAGAAGUUAUAAUAGCUAAAGCAGUUCAUGCAUUUAAAUUACAAAACGGAGCUUAUAUUUCAAUUGGAAAACUUGGAAUAGCUCUUACAGGAAAUUUUGCGUCGAAAUUAUAUCAAAUUAUUUUAUAUAAAAGCAAACAAGAACAUGUGUCAGUUGUUACUGUGACACCUAACUUUUUAUAUAUUAUACAACCAAACAAUUAUUCGAGUUAUUAUGAUAGCAAUAAUAAAAACUGGUCAAUUUUAUUUGAAAAUAAUGAUGUCUGUAUAGAAUUUGCUAAAGAAGUAGGAUUAGCUCGAUAUUUUUCAGAAAAUAAAAAAAUAGAAAAUGUACUUUAUCAGGAUUUAUCACCUGUUAAUAAAGACGUAAUGGCAAAAGAGGGAGAUAACAUAUUUAUCAAAUAUUUCAUUGUAACAGAAAUAACACAACCCCUUAAAAAUAUUCCUAUAACAUUUCAAACAAUGACGGUGGAAAUAUCUAUGGAUGAUAAUUGGGAAAGAACUUUUUUAGAAAGUAAUAAAGGAUUAAAACGAAUUUUAUUUGUACCUCCAAUAAACAGAUUAGUUUGGGACCAGGAUUUCCUAAAGAAAAAGAUAUUAUAUUAGAAGUAGAAGUAAUAGAUAUACAAUCAUCUGCAGAAACUGUCCAUUCGCAUACAAUUACAAGCGGUAAAGCUUCUAUUAUAUCAAGAAUGGCUAAAAUGGGACAAUCUAUAUUACCAAAAAUUCCUACAUCUACCACUACAGAUUCUGAAGAUACUGAGGAUGAUGUAUCGAAUAAAUUUCAAAUUCAAAAGAAGAUAGAAUCGUCAGAAGAAGAACUACAAAAGAAACAUUCUCCAGUGGAAAAUUUACAUAAGAAAUCAAAAUUAAAAACUGAAAUAUCGACAACAAAUACUCCUUGUAAAUCUUUUGUUAAUUCAUCUGUAUUUACUCCUCCUCAAUGGUCUCCUACACAAAUACAACCAAACAUUGUCACCUUGAAUGGUCAGAUAUAUUCAUUACAAUCACAAACUGUAACUUCAACAAUACCAACAAUAAUAGAUCCAGGGUUAAAUAUAUUAUUGUCUGAAACUAGAAUGAC